AUGGCUGAGGUGGUGAGACGGCCUUCGUCGCAAGCCGACAGCGGCUCGGGCUCACGCUCUUACAGCCAGUCACCCCAGAAAAGCGGUCUGCGCCGAUCCGACUCCUCCUCGAACCAGACCAACAAGUCGUCUUCGCCAAAUGGACAUCACCAUAGAAAGUCGUCUUCCGUCAGUUCCCUGCCCAGCUCUCCUUCGAAACAGGAGAAGAGGAAGCUCGCCAAGGAGAUCCUCAACGCUGGCGGAGACCAGCUGCGCGACACGCUCAAGCAGAGGGGGAUGCUGCAUGCUCUCCUCUCUGAUCCGGUCAAGUUCAUCAAGUCGAGUCAGAAGCAGGGCCAAGACUAUACCACGCUCGGGCUUACGCCUGUCAAUGAUCCCAAUUUCGCUGCCGCACAGAAGCGCAAGCAAGAGCAAAAGCAGCAUGCCCUGCUGCUCCAUACAGACUCGCCGAGCAUAAACGGCAACGGCAAUCUGCACACAGAAGCGCCGUUGUCACCGACCAAGAGUGGAAAGGCAAAGUCUCGCGACCUGUAUCCGUACAAGGUUUCGCUCCGCUUUCCCGGGAAAGUGCGCGGCGCAGCUGCUGGCCUGGCAAACUAUGGAAACACGUGCUACAUGAACAGUGUCAUGCAAUCUCUUAUUCACACGCCGCCGCUGGCAUUCGCGCUGCUCACGCAGGAUCUCGACGCUUUGCAUGGGGAGUGGGGUGGUAAGCCCAAUGCCGCAUUCGACGCCGUCACUGCCCUGCAGGCCUUCACUAGAGCAUCACUGAUGGGGUCCAAGGCAACGAAUGCUCCCAAGGAGUUCAACCGCAACCUGAAAGCGUUUGCAAAGCCACUCCGCCAGGGCAGGCAGGAGGAUGCGCACGAGUACCUUCGUUUUUUGCUCGAAGCGCUGCAGCAGAGCUGCCUCGCACGCGCAUCCAAGUCGCUCAAACCAGACGAUCCCGUACGCCGCACGACGUUUGUGCAGAAAAUGUUCGGCGGCAAGCUGCGCAGCCGUGUCACUUGCCACAGCUGUGGUCACAACUCGGACACUUUUGACCCCUUUAUGGAUCUCAGUCUCGACGUGCGCAAGGGCAUCAACUCGCUCACCGACGCUUUCCGUGCCUUUGUCGCCAAGGACCAUCUGACGGGCUCGGAAAAGUACAAGUGCGAAAAAUGCAAGCGCAAGGUGGACGCCACAAAGCAGUUCACCAUCGACGCAGCCCCACCGGCGCUCACGGUGCAUCUCAAGCGCUUCACCGCAUUUGGCGGUAAGGUCUCGCGACAGAUUGGAUUUGACGAGAGCCUCAACAUUGCUCCCUAUCUUUCGGUCAACCGUGGACCCGCUAGGUACAGACUGUAUGCCGUUGUGCACCACUAUGGGUCAGGACCCAACAGCGGCCAUUACGUGGCUAGUGUCAGGUCUCCAUCGGGCAAGUGGACCCGGAUGGACGACAGUGCAGUGUCCGAGAUGGGCAGGAGCGGGCCUCUGAACGACCAGAGUGCGUAUAUCCUUUUCUAUAUGAAGGAGAAGGACGAGGCGCUGGACAAGGCGAUUGCGGCCGCGACCUCGGUCAAGCCCGCCGUAGUCAAGGCGCCUGUAGCACAAGGGUUGGAUGGGAAGAAGCGGAAAGCUGUGCCAGAGUCGCAUUCUGAUUCUGAGGACGAGGACGAGGAUGAUGCCGAGGAUUCAUUCGAUGACAAUGCGGCCUACAGGGCGAUUCUGAAGCGUCGGAGAGCUGCCGCAUCCGCUAGACCCACUGGCGAGGAUGCGAGCGAGUCGGAGUCAAGCUCGCCUCCUCCUCGCACCACGGGCCAGAAGCUGGACCAGAUACUCUCAUCCAAGCCCAAGUCUGCAGCCAGCUUCUACGGCGCCUCCACGCCCCGUGUACCAUCCAACCCCUUCACCAUGCCCUCCUCCUCGACCGGCGGUCUCGACGAAGAAGUCGGAACAGCAGUCGACAGAGACGAGUACGAGUCGCUCGUCGGCCCGUCCUCCACUGCAGCCACAUCCAUCACUGCGAGCUCGGCUUCUCUCGCGCAUCCGGACCCCGAAGCGGAUUCGUCGGACGAAGACUCGUUCGUCGCCAUGUCGAAGAAGGAAAAGCGCAAGCAGAAGAAGGCGGCCCAGCUCAUUCACGCUGCGAAACAGUCGCGGGGUAUUCCGGCUUCGCCUUACGCUAGUGCGCUGACUUCCUACAGCUCCGGGUCGGCGAAGGAGCAGAAGAAGAAGAAGAGCAGGAAGGACAAGGAGAAGGCGCUGGGUGGGUUUGCGGGCAGGAUGAAGCCGAGGCCUAGCUUCUGA